AUGAGUGUAAACGAUCAAAUGUCACAAGCAUCGCAUGUGAUUUGUGGCAAUUCCAAUGUCUCGAACGAAACAGUUUUUCAUGCUGUGUAUGUACCUGAAGAAAAUAUUGACAAUUCAACAGAGAACAAUAUAAGGGAAAACAGUCGAAUUUACACAGAUAAAACAGAAGCAUUGAAAGUAAUUAGGGAGUACAAAACAGGCCGUUUGAAGUCAUUUAAGAAACGUUCCGAAGCUGAAGAAUAUGCUAAGACCGGUUUUGAGAAAACACAUUGCAAUAAUAAUAGUUCAGUACCUGCAGCAGUACCUGUGGUAGAAGAGAAAUCAAAUAAUUACAAAGCUCCUCGAUCUCAGGAAUUGGUCUGUUUUAGAAAAUUAAUUAAAGAUGGGGAUUUAUAUUCUGUAAAGUGUACUGUAUGGGCAAAUCCACGAUAUUUAAUUGGUAGUGGAGAUACACCUGCAAUUUUACAAGAAGGUUGUCGUUAUAAUGCAUUACAUAUUGCAGUCAGAGCAGAUAGAUCAGAUAUGUGUGAGUUAAUAUUAAACACUGUUGGAAACACAGAAUUUAUAAAGUUACUUUAUGGUGAUGAGUGCAAGAGUUAUGUGGAUCGAGCACAGAUUAUGUUAGACUUGUAUUUAAACACACCAGACAAAGGACUGAAUGAAACACCAUUACACUUUGCAGUUAAAUUUGGUUUAAAAAAUGUAGUGAGAGUUCUUGUUUCAUAUCCAUGUUGCAUAAAAACAUUACCAAACAAGUAUAAACAACCACCAAUAGAUAUAAUAUGUAGCAGAACAUGUCAAGAAGAUGAAGAGUUAAAGAAAGAGAUACGCUUGUUACUGGAAGAUCAGUAUUAUGUACCUGUAUUAAGAUCAGAUGAUAGCACAUUACAACCUGUUAUUGGAGAACCUUUUUCUCCAACUAGUCCACUGAGUAUAAAGACCGAUCCGAUAAGCCCGCGUUUAGAAGUACGUGCAUUUGCCGGACCAAUGACAAAAUCAUUAGCGGUGGAAUUUAGAAAAAAAUGGAAAACGCCUCCACGUCUCCGUAUGACUCCAAUUAGAAAAGUUACAGAAAGUGAAUGUAAUUUAGAUAGCUCCGUUAACAAUUUAUCAUUAAGACUACAAGAUACAGAGAAGGGACUUGAACGAGUAGGAAGAAAUUUAGCAGAAGAAUAUCAGGUGUCAUGGAAAGAAUAUUGGCCAUUUUUGAACGAUUUUGCAGAUUUUCGCACCACAGAAGGUUUAAUGAAACUUGAAAAAUAUUUGGAAUAUAAAUUUCAUGAACAAUUACUACAAUAUAAUCAGAAUUAUAACGGAGAAAAUUCAGAGAAGCAGAUUGAACCUGCUGAUGAAAUAGAUUACUUAUGUAACAAGUUGCAAUCGUGUUCGUUAUUUAAUACAGAUAAUCAAGAUAAUGAUGUGGACGAAUUAGAAUUCUAUACACCGCCAUCAUCGCCAAAAUUACUAGUUGACAGUUCUGACGAUGAAAUGCAAAUUGCAGACGAAGGUCCUGUAACAUUUCUCGAAGGAUCUGCACUAACUAAAUUGGAUUAUGCUGUGUAUUAUGCACUACCACCAUCAAUUAAAUCUGUUACAUAUCCAAAUAUUUAUCGUUGGCAACAUGACAUGCAGCUUGUUAUGAAUCGUGAUUUACAGCGAACUAACAAUGCAAGGCUACCCAGAAGAAAAUUGAUUUUGACUCCCUAGAUAUGUUAAAUAUCCAGGUAUUGAACAAUGUAAAAAAAUAAAACUGUAUAAAUUUUUUUAUAUU